UUUAAAAACAUGUAAACGUGCAUGCGUAAUGACCGAAAUGGACUACAACUCCCGAGACACCGAGGGAAGUUGUUAUAAUCAUCGUUUUACUUGAUGCGGAAAAAUCCAUCGGUGCCCGCAGAGAGGUUGUUAAACUCCACGAUAGAUCCAGCAGUAAUAAAAACAAACAGCUUCCACCGGGACCGCCGCGGGUUAAAAAGCAUGGAAGUGAUCGAGACUAUCGUGACAGAAAACGUGGAAGUGGAGGACAAUGAAACGGUGGUGUCCAACCUGGAUGCCGACAAGACAAAAGCAGAGUUUGUGUGGACCCUGCAGGCCACAUGGCACCUCGUCAACACCCGCCUGGAGAUGGACCAGGCUUUUGACCAGCCGGUGUGCAAGAAGAAGAAACUUUGGGAGAUGGUGGCGGAAAAGGUGAACGCCAAGCAGGGGGAGUCGGGGGUCGGCGACGUCCACGUCAAGGCCUACGAGUGCGACCUGAAGUGGAGGAACAUGCUGGCCACGUACCGGAAGAACGCGGAGCGGGCCAGGCGGCUGGGCCCGGGCAGCGUGCACUGGGAGUUCUUCAAAGCCAUGCACGACGUGCUGGGAAAGAGCCGGGAGGAGAUCGAGGCGCAGCGCCGGGCCAAGCUCAGCGGCACCAAACUGGGCAAGGCCAUCGCCAGCAAGAGGUUCACCCCCAUCCUGCCCACGCCUCCCCUGACCGCCGCGCCCUCCUGCCCCUCCCGCCCCCCGCAGGACGUCCUGCAGCUGUACAUGGAGCUGCAGGAGAGGAAGAUGAACAUGUGGGCCCAGCAGAAAGCCCUGGAGGAGAGGAAGAUAGAAGCCAUCAACAACCUGGCCCAGGCCAUCUCCAGCCUGGCGCAGAGGAACAGCGCACAGCUGGUCAAGGACGGGCACUGAUGCACAGCUGGAGCUGGAGCUGCCUCUGAAAACUCUAAAUCGAUGACAAACUUUUAUAGCAGCAUGUUGACGGGGGUUUCAGAGGGUUUUUUUUUUUUUUGCUUUUAACUGUGCUGCUGCAGUAUCCACAAUGCUUUGUCCAGAGCUUAACAUGAAAAGUGGGAAUGCAACAGGUACCAGAGAGAGAAUGCAUUUUUUUUUCUAUUGCAGAUUCAGACAAAGAUCCAAAUACAGGACAUGAAAAAUGGCCAGGACGCUGACACAAAUAACUCAUUUAAACAGCCAGCAGAUCAAAUACCAAUGGAUACAAUUGGCUUUUAGUUGCUAUUUUUCCAUUCAGCAUUUGCAUUUAUUACUCUUUAUGCUAAAAUGAAAAAGCAGAGCUUGUUCGCUUGAGCUGAAAGAAUUAUGAAAAACUAAAAUAUAUGAAGAUUAUUAUUACAGACAACUCUUGACCACUGCACCAGACACUGAUCAAACAUUUAUAUCCAUCAAGUGUUGGUUUCAGUAUGUUAUCAAAAAAACUAAAAUAUUUCAAAAUCUCAAAAAUUAAAUAUUUACAGAUAAUUCUCCUUCCAUCCCCAGCUUUAUAGAUGGUCUAUGCAAGAGCUUGAACCUGUAAUUUGGGGACGAAAUGACUGAAUAAUGCAGAGAUAAUCAAGGCUGUCAAGAAAAUUUCACACUGAAGUGCUUCCAAGGGCCACUUAGAAAUCUCACUGGUGAUAAAGUGGCCUUGAGGAUUUCAUUAUCUCUCAUUCAUUGUAUUUGCAUGAUAGCGUAUAUUUUCUAUGGUACAUUAAUAUACACAUAUCUAAUUAGUGGCAGUAUCUGUUGCAGUUCCCAUGGAAGAGAAACCUAAUAUACAGGCUCUGAGGAGAACUUCAUCUGCGCCACACUAAUUAUCAGAUAUGAAUGAGAAAAAUAAGCAAUUUAUCAAAAGCAGCUGUUAAUGCCUUGGAUUACUGUAAUCAGUAAAGCCAUAACUGAUAUAAAAAUGAUGCAGUUACACUUUUA